AUGUCAAACUUGAGCGUUCUCGUCGUGGGGGCAUCCGUCGCAGGCCCAACGACAGCUUACUGGCUCGCCAAAGCCGGCGCAAAGGUCACAAUCAUCGAGAGAUUUCCACAGAUGCGCUCAAGCGGCCAGAAUGUUGAUAUUCGGACAUCUGGUGUCUCUGUAAUGCGGAAUAUGCCCGGGAUGGAAGAGGCAGUACGAGCAAAUACCCUUCCUGUCAAGGGCAUCAGCCUCGUCCGCGAGAAUGGCAGGCCCUACGGAACCAUCAGACCUACGGGGGAUGCUAAUCAACAGUCCCUCAUCUCCGAGUAUGAGAUCCUCCGUGGUGAUCUAGCACGCAUUCUCUUCAACCUUACAAAGAACCACAAGAACAUCGAGUAUGUUUUCGGUGAACAAGUUUCCUCUCUACAGCAAAAUGAACAGAGUAACGGGCCUGUUUCGGUCGAAUUCAUGAACGGAUAUCCUGCUACGGAAUACGAUCUAGUUAUCGCCUGUGAUGGCGCUACAUCGCGAACUCGUGCCAUGGGCCUUGGUUGUGGUACCCGGGACUAUAUACACUCACUCAACUCGUGGGUAGUCUUCUUCUCCAUAAAGAAGGACUUACUCAAUGGGGGCCAAAUAGGAGAGGCAUACAGUACCCCCGGCGGCCGCUUCAUUUGCAUGGGAUCCGACCCUUUUGGCAUAACCCGCGUUGCGAUGAUGGGCAUCAAUCCACGAAACGCCCACGACGCCGCCAAACCAUUCCGUGAAGCCAAAAAACUAGGCACCAAUGCCCUCAAAGAAUACGUGGCGCAGUACUUCCAUGGAGCGGGCUGGAAAUGCGACGAGGUCAUAAAGGGUAUGCUGGACGCCGAUGACUUUUACGGGAGCGAGAUGGUCCAGGUCAAGCCGCCGAUUCUGCAUAAGGGACGGUUCGUGCUGGUUGGUGAUGCCGGCUACGCAUCCGGUCCCACUGGGACGGGCACCAGUCUCGCCCUUACCGGUGCGUACAUAUUAGCUGGUGAGAUCCGCAAGCAUCGGGGAAAUGUACUAGCAGCUCUGAGGGGCUACGAGGAGCAGAUGCGGCCUUUUGUUAAUGAGAUGCAAAAGAUUCCGGCUUUUAUACCUGGGAUACUGGCGCCUCAGACGGCCUGGGGGUUGUGGCUCCGAAAUGCUAUUUUUGCGUUUAUAUGCUGGAGCGGGAUACCAACUCUUCUUCAAAAAUUCUUCGGCGCGUCGUCUGCUCAUUCGGAUGACUAUGAAAUACCGGAAUACGAAUGGGAAGAUUAA